AAGAGGAGGAGGCAGGGUCAUCAGCGCCUCCCAGGCGGCCACCUCGGAGCAUGACCCCCGCGGGCCGGCGCCGCGCGCUCUGAUCCACCGGACCGGUGCUCCCGCAGCCAUGGGCGCUGCGGGCAGGCGGGGGGCGGCCGCCGCGCCGCUGCUGGUGGCUGUGGCCGCGCUGCUGGUGGGCGCCGCGGGCCACCUGUACCCUGGAGAGGUGUGCCCUGGCAUGGAUAUCCGGAACAACCUCACGAGGUUGCACGAGCUUGCCAACUGCUCGGUCAUUGAAGGACAUUUGCAGAUACUGUUGAUGUUCAAAACGAGGCCUGAGGAUUUCCGAGACCUCAGUUUCCCCAAACUCUUCAUGAUCACCGAUUACUUGCUGCUAUUCCGGGUCUACGGGCUGGAGAGCCUGAAGGACCUGUUCCCUAACCUCACGGUCAUCAGGGGCUCCCGUCUCUUCUUCAACUACGCGCUGGUCAUCUUCGAGAUGGUUCACCUGAAAGAGCUUGGCCUCUACAGCCUGAUGAACAUCACCCGGGGUUCUGUCCGCAUCGAGAAGAACAACGAGCUCUGCUACCUGGCCACCAUCGACUGGUCACGCAUCCUGGAUUCGGUGGAGGAUAAUUACAUCGUGCUGAACAAAGACGACAACGAGGAGUGUGGGGACAUCUGUCCAGGCACCGCGAAGGGCAAGACCAACUGCCCUGCCACUGUUAUCAACGGGCAGUUUGUUGAGCGGUGUUGGACUCACAGCCAUUGCCAGAAAGUCUGCCCCACCAUCUGUAAGUCUCACGGCUGCACCGCCGAAGGCCUCUGCUGCCACAGUGAGUGCCUGGGCAACUGCUCCGAGCCCGACGACCCCACCAAGUGUGUGGCCUGCCGCAACUUCUAUCUGGACGGCAGGUGUGUGGACACCUGCCCACCUCCGUACUAUCACUUCCAAGACUGGCGCUGCGUGAACUUCAGCUUCUGCCAGGACCUGCACAACAAAUGCAAGAACUCUCGGAGACAGGGCUGCCACCAGUAUGUCAUUCAUAACAACAAGUGCAUCCCUGAGUGUCCCUCUGGAUACACGAUGAAUUCUAGCAACUUGAUGUGCACUCCGUGUCUGGGCCCCUGUCCCAAGGUCUGUCACCUCCUAGAAGGCGAGAAGACCAUCGACUCGGUGACGUCUGCCCAGGAGCUGCGAGGCUGCACUGUCAUCAAUGGGAGCCUUAUCAUCAACAUUCGAGGCGGCAACAACCUGGCAGCUGAGCUAGAGGCUAACCUCGGCCUCAUUGAAGAAAUUUCAGGAUAUCUGAAAAUCCGCCGUUCCUAUGCCCUUGUGUCACUUUCCUUCUUCCGGAAGUUACAUCUGAUUCGGGGGGAUACCUUGGAAAUCGGGAACUACUCAUUCUAUGCCUUGGACAACCAGAACCUAAGACAACUGUGGGACUGGAGCAAACACAACCUCACCAUCACUCAGGGGAAACUCUUCUUCCAUUAUAAUCCCAAACUCUGCUUGUCGGAAAUUCACAAGAUGGAGGAAGUUUCAGGAACCAAGGGGCGCCAGGAAAGGAACGACAUUGCCCUGAAGACCAAUGGGGACCAGGCGUCCUGUGAAAAUGAAUUACUUAAAUUUUCUUAUAUUCGGACAUCUUUUGAUAAGAUCUUGCUGAAGUGGGAGCCGUACUGGCCCCCUGACUUCCGAGACCUCCUGGGGUUCAUGCUGUUCUACAAGGAGGCCCCUUAUCAGAAUGUGACGGAGUUCGAUGGGCAGGAUGCGUGUGGCUCCAACAGCUGGACAGUGGUCGACAUUGACCCUCCCCUGAGGUCCAACGACCCUAAGUCGCAGAACCACCCAGGAUGGCUGAUGCGGGGUUUGAAGCCCUGGACCCAGUACGCCAUCUUUGUCAAGACCUUGGUUACCUUUUCUGACGAACGUCGCACAUAUGGGGCAAAGAGCGACAUCAUCUAUGUCCACACAGAUGCCACCAAUCCUUCUGUCCCCCUGGAUCCCAUCUCAGUUUCUAAUUCCUCAUCCCAGAUUAUCCUGAAGUGGAAGCCUCCCUCUGAUCCCAAUGGCAACAUCACUCACUACCUGGUUUUCUGGGAGAGGCAGGCGGAAGACAGUGAGCUGUAUGAGCUGGAUUAUUGCCUCAAAGGAUUGAAGUUGCCCUCCCGGACCUGGUCUCCACCGUUCGAGUCGGAGGGUUCCCAGAAGCACAACCAGAGCGAGUACGAGGAGUCUGGCGGCGAGUGCUGCUCCUGCCCAAAGACUGACUCUCAGAUCCUGAAGGAGCUGGAGGAGUCCUCGUUCAGGAAGACGUUUGAGGACUACCUGCACAAUGUGGUUUUCGUCCCCAGAAAAUCCUCUUCAGGCUCUGGUGCUGAGGACAGUAGGCCGUCGAGGAAACGCAGGGCCCUUGGCGACGUGGGAAAUGGGACGACGGUCGUGCCCACGGCUGCGGGUUUCCCCAACGUCUCCUCGACCAGCACGCCCACAAGCUCAGAGGAGCACCGGCCCUUCGAGAAAGUAAUGAACAAAGAGUCGCUGGUCAUCUCUGGCCUUCGCCACUUCACCGGCUAUCGCAUUGAGCUGCAGGCUUGCAACCAAGAUUCCCCUGAGGAAAGGUGCAGUGUGGCGGCCUAUGUCAGCGCCAGGACCAUGCCCGAAGCCAAGGCAGAUGACAUUGUGGGCCCCGUGACCCAUGAAAUCUUCGAGAACAACGUCGUCCACUUGAUGUGGCAGGAGCCGAAGGAACCCAAUGGUCUGAUUGUGCUGUACGAAGUGAGUUAUCGGCGGUACGGCGAUGAGGAGCUGCACCUCUGUGUCUCCCGCAGGCAUUUUGCUCUGGAGCGGGGCUGCAGGUUGCGCGGGCUGCCUCCGGGGAAUUACAGUGUGCGAGUCCGGGCCACCUCCUUGGCGGGCAACGGCUCCUGGACGGAGGCUACCUAUUUCUAUGUGACAGACUAUUUAGACGUCCCAUCAAAUAUUGCAAAAAUUAUCAUCGGUCCCCUCAUCUUUGUCUUCCUCUUCAGUGUUGUGAUUGGAAGUAUUUAUCUAUUCCUGAGAAAGAGGCAGCCGGAUGGGCCACUGGGACCACUGUAUGCUUCUUCAAACCCUGAGUACCUCAGUGCCAGCGAUGUGUUCCCAUGUUCUGUGUAUGUGCCGGACGAGUGGGAGGUGCCUCGGGAGAAGAUCAGCCUCCUGCGAGAGCUGGGCCAGGGCUCCUUCGGCAUGGUGUACGAGGGCAACGCCAAGGACAUCAUCAAGGGGGAGGCCGAGACCCGCGUGGCGGUGAAGACGGUCAACGAGUCGGCCAGUCUGCGUGAGCGGAUCGAGUUUCUCAAUGAGGCCUCGGUGAUGAAGGGCUUCACCUGCCAUCACGUGGUCCGCCUCCUGGGGGUGGUGUCCAAAGGGCAGCCGACGUUGGUGGUGAUGGAGUUGAUGGCUCACGGAGACCUGAAGAGCUACCUCCGUUCCCUGCGGCCUGAAGCUGAGAAUAACCCCGGCCGCCCUCCCCCUACUCUGCAAGAGAUGAUUCAGAUGGCAGCGGAGAUCGCCGACGGGAUGGCCUACCUGAACGCCAAGAAGUUUGUGCACCGGGACCUUGCAGCUCGAAACUGCAUGGUCGCCCAUGAUUUUACCGUCAAAAUCGGAGACUUUGGAAUGACCAGAGACAUCUACGAAACGGAUUACUACCGGAAAGGGGGCAAGGGUCUACUCCCCGUGCGGUGGAUGGCACCCGAAUCCCUGAAGGACGGGGUCUUCACCACUUCUUCCGACAUGUGGUCCUUUGGUGUGGUCCUUUGGGAAAUCACCAGCUUGGCAGAACAGCCUUACCAAGGCCUGUCUAAUGAGCAGGUGUUGAAAUUUGUCAUGGACGGAGGGUAUUUGGAUCAACCUGACAACUGUCCAGAUAGACUCACUGAACUCAUGCGCAUGUGCUGGCAGUUCAACCCCAAGAUGCGGCCGACCUUCCUGGAGAUCGUCGACCUGCUCAAGGACGACCUGCACCCUAGCUUUCCGGAAGUUUCCUUCUUCCACAGUGAGGAGAACAAGGCACCCGAGAGCGAGGAGUUGGAGAUGGAGUUUGAGGACAUGGAGAGCGUCCCCCUGGACCGGUCCUCACACUCUCAGAGGGAGGAGGACGGAGGGUCCUCGUUGGGGCUGAAGCGGAAUUACGAGGAACACAUCCCCUACACCCACAUGAAUGGGGGCAAGAAAAACGGACGGAUCCUGACUCUACCACGGUCCAAUCCUUCCUAACAGCACCUGUUUGGGGUAAGGGUCCCAACUUCACUCUCCUCUGGUUUGAAGGACUCCAGAAAACUCAGGAUUUUCCCACGACUCUGCCAGUGUCCAGCGGAGCUCAGAGAUCAUUACUCUCCAUUUCUGUUUGUAGUAUGACUUAAACACAUCUGAUUGAUUGCCAGUUAGACUAGUCCUCAGAGGAUGUAACUGUGAACAUAGAGGGAAGGGCUGUCCACGGCCGCUGUCCUUUCGGGCAGCUGCAGGGUCAAGCCAGGGUGUGACUUCUUUUUGUAGUCAGUUGAAAGAAAGCACCUGUUUUUACAAUUUUUUCUUUUUUCUUUUUUUUUUUUGGCUGGUGUCUGAGCUACAGUAUACGACAUAAAACUUGUUUGUGGAACAAAAGUUUGAAAGAAAGAAGAAACAAACCCUGUUCCAGUAGAAUUCCAAGCUUUAGGGAGUGGGCUUUCGGAAGGUUUUCCUCAUCCAGGCUGAAGAAUUUUUUUUUUUUCCUUCACAAAAUCAGUUCCUCAAAUUGACCAAUAGCUGCUGCUUUUGUACUUUUGAUAAGGAUCUGCAGUCCCAGUGUGCGUGUGCGUGUCUGUCCUCGGUAGACACGGUUGGGGUGUGUGUGUGUGUGUGUGUGUGUGUGUGUGUGUGUGUAUGUGUGUGUGUGCGUGUGUGCGUGUGUGUGCGUGUGUGCAAAGCACUCACGCUGAGUUGACACUUGGGGAUUGGCUUAUGAAGGUUCCGCUUCUCUCGAGUGUGUGAGCGCCCGGGUCCCCAGCUCCUUCCUUCUUCUUCACUGGGAGACUGUGCCCUCACUGAUUCUUCUUGUGCCCCAGUCUAGCCUCAGGAGUCUUCUCUUCCUUAACUUUGGUGAAAAAUGGUUUUCCGGGAGCCAAGGGAGUGGUUUGGAGUGAUAAUGGAUCUUUUCAAGACCAAACAAAGCCAGGACAU